AUGGCAACCCCUAAUCUUUCUUUGCCUAACUUUCCACCUUUUGACGUCCAUGUCGAUGGCAACGUUGGCCCACGAUGGAAGAAAUGGCUAACCAGGUUCGAACGACUUCUUAUAGCGACGAACAUCACAGAAGCAAAACAAAAACGCGCCCUUUUAUUACAUGCUGGCCCGGCCGUAGACGAAAUCUUCGAUACUUUAUCUGAUACUGGCGAAGACAAGACUAUAAAGAAGCAGUAGACGCUCUGAAUGCAUACUUUUUGCCUCAAGUUAACUCAACAUUCGAAGAGUACAAUUUUCGCCAAGCAAAACAACAACACGGAGAAAAUAUUGACGCAUAUAAUACCCGGCUGAGACAACUCGCCCAAACCUGCGAUUUUACCGACGUUGAUAAAGAAGUAAAAUCACAAAUAAUUAUUGGGUGUUUGUCACAACGUUUAAGACGACAAGCUUUGCGUGAUAAUCCAACUCUUAAAGAUCUACUAGCCGCGGGAAGAGCACAAGAGCGAAGCGAAGCACAAGCCGAAGCCGUAGAAAAAGGCGUGUCACCCGUAAAUUCCAUCAAACACGAGCAAAGCCAAAGAGACACGAGAAAAUAUCAACAAUCGAAGUCCAGAUACUUUGGGAACGCUGGAAAUCAACAAACACUCCCCAGAAAUCGACAAUUUCCCACCAGAAAUCGACAAAUACCCCCGGGAAAUCAACAAAUACCUACUCAACAAUGUCGCAAUUGUGGUGGAAUUUUUCCACAUAACGGUGACUGUCCUGCAAAAGGUAAAGAAUGUCGAGCAUGUGGGAAAAGCGGUCAUUUUGCCAAGGUUUGCAGAUCAAAACCCAAACGACGCGAAAUCCACCAAGUAUCGGAAACCCCAUCAGAGGAACCCCAAUAUCUAUUCACCUUGCAGAAUAACCAUCAGCACAAUACGUCACCACUCUGUGAAGUUUACAUAGCUAACGAAGCAGUCCAAACCAUCAUCGACUCGGGUGCCUCUGUCAAUGUUAUCGAUGAAUCCACUUACGAAAAGAUUCGAAAGCGCAGCAAAAACGCAGUGCUCACUACACCCCGAUCCAAGAUAUUCACAUAUGGCUCAAAUAUGGAACUGCCACUCCUGGGCAUGACUACACCACUAGUGUACACACUACACUGCAACCUUCUACGUUACCAAAGGACGAAAUGGAAACCUUUUGAGUUGCAACACUGCCCAAAGCUUAGGGAUCCUAAAAAUAACUGUGAACACUGCAUUGAACACCGCAUUAAAUACGCACCCUGAACAAAAUUAUCCAGACUUGUUCGAUGGCAUCGGCAAGAUCAAAGACAAGAAAGUCAAGCUGCAUAUCGAUCCUGAGAUCCAACCUAAGCAACAGUCCCAUCGCCGCAUUCCAUUUCAUAUUAGAAAAGAUGUUGAAAAAGAACUUCAACGCUUAGAAGAUCUCGAUGUUAUUGAAGGAGUCGAGGGGCCCACCCCCUGGGUCAGUCCCAUCGUCGUAGUUCCAAAGAAAACAGGAGAAAUUCGCCUCUGUGUUGACAUGCGAGAGGCAAACAAAGCUGUGAAAAGAGAAAAGCACCUUAUACCAACACUUGAUGAACUCAUCACUGAUCUAAAUGACGCAACUGUAUUCAGCACCCUAGACCUGACAUCCGGAUACCAUCAACUCGAGCUCGAACCCGAAAGCAGGCACAUUACAACAUUUUCCACCCAUGUCGGUCUUCGACGAUAUAAACGACUCAUGUUCGGAAUAAAUGCCGCAUCAGAAAUAUUCCAAAAUUCAAUUGCUGAGCUUUUAACUCACCUACCGGGAUGCAAGAACAUUUCCGAUGACAUCAUUGUUUACGGUCGUGACGUCAGAGAACACGAUGAAAACCUGAACCGCGUUUCAACCCGUCUGCGAGAACACAAUGCCCGCCUUAACCGAGACAAAUGUGCAUUCCGUAAGUCAGAAGUUAUCUUCUAUGGACACUCUUUCAGCGCCGAAGGAAUCAAAGCAGCCCCUCAGAAGAUCAAUGCCAUUAAGACCAUGCAACCUCCAGAAAAUCCAAGCGAAGUGAAGUCCCUCCUUGGUAUGGCACAGUAUGUUUCACGCUUCAUCCCGAAUUAUGCCACCAUUACUGCCCCUUUACGUGCCUUAACCCAUCAGAAUUCCGUGUGGAAAUGGGAGAUAGAAGAAGAAACCGCUUUUCGAAAGCUACAGAAUGAGCUAACUAGUGACCGAGUCAUGGCUUAUUUUGACCCAACGAAGUCCACCAAAGUACUCGUUGACGCAAGCCCGACGGGUCUAGGAGCUAUUCUAAUGCAAGAUGGUAAAGUCAUCAGCUACGGAAGCCGUGCGCUGACUGAUGUCGAAAGUCGCUACUCCCAAACAGAACGAGAGAUGCUUGCAGUCGUCUGGGCAACUGAGCAUUAUCAUCUCUAUCUAUACGGUGCGAAGUUCACACUAAUAACUGAUCAUAAACCUCUUCUCGGAAUAUUCAAGAGCCACAGGCCUACCUCUCCUAGAAUCGACCGGUGGAAGCUGAGAUUAAUGCCUUACCACCACGAGAUCAUAUACAGACCAGGAAAAGACGAUGCUAAUCCUGCCGACUUCAUAAGCCGUCAUCCAGAUAAAACCACUCCAUUCCCGGAUAAUAUCGCUGAAAACUAUGUCAACUAUCUUUGCAACAACGUAACUCCUAAAGCUAUGACGAUGUCAGAA